AUGGAUAAUAUAUUACAAUCAAUGAACUUGAUGAAUGAAAACCAAGGGAAGAGAAAGUUGAAAGAUGUGAAUUCUAACAAUAUGACUUACGGCGAAUAUCAUCGAAACAAAGUCCUGGCAAUCGAGAAAAACGAAAAUGUCAAUGAAGACAAUGAUGAACAAUAUGAAGUAGAAAGUGUUCAUUUCGUUAGCCCGCAAGAUAAACUUGAAAAAGUAAUGAAUGGAACAGUUGAAACUCCAAUGAUGCUCGAUUCUGGCUGUCGACGAAAUCUUAUCCCGGAAGAAAUUUCCAGAGAUAAAGAAGAAAGUGAAUUGAAGAUUAACAACGCAUUGUCACAGUUGGAGUUCGACUUAAGCGUUAAAAACCAAGCUUACGAGUUAAUGGACAGAAAAUAUUUAGGUCAUUUUUGCUCCGAUCGACAAGUUCUUGACGAAAUUUGUUUCAAUAAAGAUCCAUUCCCUGCUUCUGAUGUAAAAGUUGAAGAUAUGGUAAUAAAAGAAGAGCCUGAAUAUGGAAAUGUUGCUGUUGAAUGCGUAAUGUUUGAAGAGCCUCUAAGGGAACCUGUAGCAACGUUUGAAGAUGAAGUAAAAAAACAUUACACUAAUAAGGCAAAAAGACUUAAAAACGCUAAUAAAUCUGAAAUCUGUAAAAUUAUAAAAGAUUCCAAUGAAGAAUCACAAUCAACACAAUGUCAAUUUUGUGAUAAAAUUUGUAAAUCAAGAAUGCAUCUUCAUAGCCAUCUUCAUAACGCACAUGUUGAUCACGGCUGUUGUGAUAUAUGCGGCAAAGUUUUCAAAUCAAAAAAGCGCCUGAAAGCACACAUGACACUUCACAAAGAAAGAGAACGAGCAAAAUGUCCACAUUGUGGUGAUGAAAUGCUUCCUCAAAAUCUUCGACGAUAUAUUCGUGUUAGUCACGAAGGUUACAGACCAUUUGGCUGGUAA